ACGAGGGUGUGUGUACAGCCCAACCACGCCUCCCGCGUACGGCGUACUGUUACACAAGCGAGGCAGUGAGUGACUGGAGAAAUAGUCGAGAGUGCUUUCGUGACGUAGAUCAAAAGAAUAUUUGUGUGCCUUUUGCAGGGAUGUGGACUCACAUUCUGGGAUUCACUGCACUGCCCCAUGUGGGUGGGAUCGUGGGCUCUCUCUACACCAGGACAGAGGUGUCCACCUGGUACAAGACUCUAAAGAAGCCUGCCUGGCGCCCCCCAAACCGUGUGUUCCCCAUCGCCUGGACCACGCUGUACACCAGCAUGGGAUACGGGUCCUACCUGAUCUGGAAGGAUAUGGGGGGGUUCACCAGCGCUGCCGCCGUCCCCCUGGGGCUCUAUGGAGCCCAGCUGGCACUGAACUGGGCCUGGACCCCCAUCUUCUUUGGGGCGCACAACCUCAAACUGGCCCUGGUGGAGAUUGUGAUACUCUCCGGGACAGUGGCAGCCACCAUGGUGUCCUGGUACCCCAUCAACAAGACCGCCACCCUGCUCAUGGUACCCUACCUGAUGUGGCUCACCCUGGCCAGCAGCCUGUCCUACUGCAUCUGGAGAGACAACCCUGACAAGGAGGAGUAAGAGGCCCAGGCACCCGGCCUCCCAGAGCCGCCACUGCGGGCAGAGGCAGGGGGUGUGGUAAGGCCGAGUGAUCCCAGGGCCAGGGCUGCUCCCCCUGCCCGUACUUCCUUACCCUACUUGGAAACGGCUGGCACAGAACAGGCAGAGAGCCGUCCACAGCCUUGUUUGCAGGCUGCUGUACUUGUAAUUAGGAGUUGUUCAGACACAGCCCAUCAAUCGUAGAUUUGUGAAACUGGCCAGACACCAAAUGGCGUGAGCAAUCCUGCUGGUUUCCUGAGGCUGCUGAAGUGUAUGUGUUUGCACGAAAUUGCCUUUUUUUUAAUGCAAAAAAUACAGAAAUAAUAUGAAGUA